AUGCAUCCACGGCUUCAUCCAGCAUAUGUUGCGUGUUUAGUCUACUUUACUCUUAUCGUUGAGGGAGCCCGAAGAGAAACCCUCGCUGUUGAAGGAGAUGCUGAUAUUGAGGCCGAUCCAAUUUGUGGUCUUCAUCCAGUUGAUAUCCUUACGUCAAGUAUCAUACAGAGCUCCAUCACUAGCGAUUCAUCCGACAUCUUUAUUAUUGGAAAUGCAUUGACGUCUCUCUACCGUACACAACCAGAAUAUUACACAUUUCUGACGCGCUGUACUACCGCUUGGCACAGAUGUCAGAAGGCAAAGCUAUCAGGAAGGGAAGCAUUGACGCUACUGGCUCAAAACCAGCCAUGGAAGAAACUCUGCAAAGAAGGACUAUCAUUACCAUCUUUUCAACAGAUGGAGACUGCAUAG